CCACGACGUGUUCCUGUUUACAGCCUGCUGGAUAACAGCGCGCAGCCAAAGCCGAGGUUUCACGCGCGCCCACGCCCCAUCCAGCAGGGCUCGCGAGCCGGUGCGCGUGCGCACUCGAGGCGUCGGUGUCAAACAUGGCUGUGCUUUUGAAGAAAGAAAAAUGCUGAAUUGUGCUGGUGGAAUUGUGAGAAAAAAGAGACAAACAUGGCGAGGCUGGCCGAUUAUUUCAUCAUCGUCGGAUACGACCACGAAAAAACAAGUUCAGGUGAAGGAUGCGGGAAAAUCAUUCAGCGCUUUCCAAAAAAGGACUGGGACGGCACGGCGUUCCCUCAGGGUGUGGAGAUGUUCAGUCAGCCGGGUGGAUGGAGACUAUCUCGUGAAAGAAAGCCUCCUACGUUCUUUACAGUGGUGUUGACGGACAUCGAAUCGGACCGACACUACUGCUCCUGUCUGACCUUCUACGAGGCUGAGGUGAACCUGCAGGGCACAAAGACUUUGCAAGGUGAGGGAGACGAAGAUGAGGAAGAAGACGGUUUGAUCCAGCCAGCUCAAGUGUUUGCACCCAAAAGUCUAAUCCUGGUCUCCAGAUUAGAUUUCCCAGAAAUAUUCAGGGGCUGUUUGGGGUUGAUCUACACCGUUUACAUCGACAGCCUGAACUUCUCCAUGGAAAGCCUCGUGGCGAAUCUCUUGACAUGCACCGUGCCUACAGCAGGAGGCUCCCAGAAACUCUUUUCUCUUGGAGCUGGAGACCGACAGCUGAUUCAGACUCCACAAAAUGAUGGCCUGCCUGUGACCAAUAAAAGUGUUGCUCUCCUCUUCCAGCAGCUAGGCAUCCAGAAUGUUCUGAGUCUUUUCUGUGCAGUUCUCACAGAACACAAGGUUCUGUUCCACUCCAGCAGCUACCAGAGACUCGGCGAGGCCUGUCGAGCUUUGGAAGCCCUGAUGUUUCCUCUCAAAUACAGCUACCCCUACAUACCCAUCCUCCCCUCUGGGCUGCUGGAGGUCCUCAGCUCUCCCACACCCUUCAUCAUCGGGGUUCACUCCAUGUUCCAGAGUGAAAUUCAGGAGCUGCUGGACGUGAUCAUCGCCGACCUGGACGGCGGAACGAUAAAAAUCCCAGAGUGUAUUCAUCUGUCUCAGCUCCCCGAGCCUCUCUUACACACUACACACAGCUCACUGUCUGUGGUUUUGCACCCAGAUCUUGAGAUCGCUGAUAACGCCUUCCCUCCUCCGCGCUCCGCUCCGUCCAACCUCAAACUGCUGGAUAAGGAGGUGAGAGCGGUCUUCCUGCGCUUGUUUGCACAACUGUUCCAGGGCUACAGGUCCUGUCUGCAGCUCAUUCGCAUCCACUCCGAAGCCGUGAUUCACUUUCACAAGGCUGCCUUUCUGGGCCAGCGCGGCCUGCUCGAGAACGAUUUCUUGCAAAAGGUGUUAGACGGGAUGGCUUUCGCCGGGUUCGUGUCCGAGAGAGGACCUCCGUACAGAGCCUGCGAUCUCUUUGACGAGUUGGUGGCUUUCGACAUGGCGCGCUUUAAGGAGGAAGAGGAGAACCCAAGCACGCUCCAGAAGCACCUGAGAGAGCUCUCUGAGCAGCUGUACCGCAAUGAAAAUCCCAACCCUCACAUGGCCUUCCAGAAGGUUCCUCGGCCCAGCGAGGGCUCUCACCUCCGGGUGCACAUGGUGCCCUUUCCUCUGAUGGAUGAGGAAAAGGUUGUGCAGCUCAUGCAGGACGGAUUGGCCAAACAAAACCAUUCCAACAUCAGUACACGAGUCGAGAAGAAGUGCGUAGUGCCCGCAGGUCCCCCUGUAGUGUCAAUCACAGGGAAGGGCAGCUCGGUGUUCAACAGCGCCCGGCGCCUGGAGGUGGUGCGAAGCUGCAUCGGCUUUAUCUUUGACAACAAGACGCUGGAGACGGAGAAAGCUCUCCCUGCGGCACUGCGCGCCCUGAAAGGAAAAGCAGCUCGGCAGUGUCUUACCGAAGAGCUCAGUCUACACGUGCAGCUGAACCGUGUCAUCCUGGACCACCAGCAGUUCGACCACAUCGUGCGCAUGAUGAACUGCGCCCUACAGGACUGCUCCAAUGCCGAGGAGUAUACGGUGGCUGCAGCGCUGCUUCCUCUCACCACAGCCUUUUAUCGGAAACUGGCCCCAGGCGUGAACCAGUAUGCCUACACGUGCGUGCAGGAUCAACCCAUCUGGACCAGUCAGCAAUUCUGGGAGACCACCUUCUACUCCGAGGUGCAGAACCAGAUCCGUGACCUGUACCUUAACGCUCCAGAGGAGAAGCCCCUCAUCACAGCUAAACUUAAGGAUCCAGGUUCCUCUUCGGUUCCUCCCUCUGCACGAUCAGAGCGGACCGCCAUGGACCUGGCAGCCGAGCAGCUGCGUGCAUGGCCGAGCCUUAGCAAAGAGAAACAGCUGGAGCUGGUGAAGAGUGAAGAGAGCACGGUGUUCAGCCAGGCCAUCCACUACGCCAGCCUCAUGGUCUACCUGCUCGUGCCUCUGGACGCCAGCAAGAACAAGCUGCUCCGUACGACUACGCCCGCCGCUGACUGGGAGAGCGGCAGCAACAGUAUCGUCACCAACAGCAUCGCCGGCAGCGUUGCGGAAAGCUUCGACACGGAGAGCGGAUUCGAGGACUCGGAGAACAGCGACAUCGCCAACUCUGUGGUUCGGUUCAUCGCUCGGUUCAUCGACAAGGUCUGCACUGAGAGCGGAGUCACUCAGGACCACAUCAAGAACCUGCACAGUAUGAUACCAGGCAUUGUGGCUAUACAAAUGGAAACACUGGAGGCAGUCCACAGGGAGAGCAGGAGGCUUCCCCCCAUCCAGAAGCCAAAGAUCCUCCGCCCGACGAUGCUCCCAGGAGAGGAGUUGGUAAGCGAGGGAUUGCGGGUGGUCCUGGACCCUGACGGACGUGAAGACGCGACAGGCGGACUGCUAGGAGGCCCUCACAUGCUGCCCGCCGAGGGGGCGCUCUUCCUCACCACCUACCGCAUCAUCUUCAAAGGCACUCCCCAUGAUCCUUUAGUCGGCGAGCAGCCUGUGAUUAGAAGUUUUCCAGUGUCCACGCUGACGAAAGACAAAAAGAUCACCAUUCAGAACCAGCUUCAGCAGAACAUGCAAGAAGGCUUACAGCUUCGAUCGGCCGCCUUCCAGCUGAUUAAGGUGGCGUUUGACGAGGAGGUGACGUCCGAAAUGGUGGAGAUCUUCAGGAAGCACCUGCAGAGGAUCCGGUACCCACAAUCCAUCUUCAGCACGUUUGCCUUCGCCGCAGGACAGACGGCGCCACAGCUUCUCCUGCCCAAGCAGAAGGAGAGGAACACGGGCUUCCGCACGCUCUCCAAAACCAUAGUAAAAGGGGCGAAGAGAGCAGGCAAGAUCACCAUGGGUCGUCAAUCCACGCUGCAGAAGAAAAACGAAAAAGGCACGCGUAACAUUUGGAGCGAGGAUGACGAUAUCUCCAUAUCGGACGACGGCGAGCCGCCCUCGAACAGCACGCUCAAGGCCUCGGACAAGUCCACCAUGGAGCAGUUGGUGGAGCGCGCCUGCUUCCGGGAUUACCAGAGACUGGGUCUGGGCACCAUCACCGCCAGCUCCUCACGCUCUAAAAGCGGAGAGCAGUUCCGCGUGACGGCCGUCAACAGACUGUACUCGCUCUGUCGCAGUUACCCCGGGCUGCUGGUGGUGCCUCAGUCGGUGCAGGACGGCAGUCUGCAGAAAGUCGCACGUUGUUACAGACACAAUCGGCUGCCUGUAGUGACCUGGAAACACCCUCGCACCAAAGCGGUGCUGAUGCGUGCCGGCGGCUUCCACGGGAAAAGCGUCGUGGGGCUGUUUAAGUCUCAGAACCAGACCACGACCGCUCCCGUCUCUUCGUCCGAGUCGUCCAGUAGUCUGGAGCAGGAGAAGUACCUGCAGGCCAUCCUCAGCUCCAUCCCUGCGUACUUCAAAUCCAACGGCAGCAACACCCUGUCUAACCGCUCGCUCAUCGGUCUUUCUCCAGCUACCGAAAGACGGACGUCCAGAAUGCCAAAGAUGGCUCCUGUCCACUUGGAUAUUUCUUUCUCCAACAGUUUUGCCAGAGGAGAUUACACAGAGUUGCACGAACACGUCGGAUUUGCCGCGUUUGGAUGCCGAUUACUUGGGUACAAGGACAAACUUUUCACUCACACAAACCAAGCUAAAGGGAGAAUCCACAAUCAAGGUGUGUGGGCGAGUCUGCGCUCCAGCAACAGGUUCAGCCAGCACCUCUCCGCGGCCGACGCCGGGGUACGGCUGGCAGCCAAGGAUCUGAUGCCCCCUACAGGAAACGAAAGUCUCCAGGCGCAGCUCCUCAAGCACCAAGCGGCUCUCUACAUCUUCGGAGAAAAGUCUCACCUCAGGGGCUUCAAGCUGGACUCCAUUCUGAACUGUGAGCUGGUGCCGGUGGAGUUUGCCGACACACGGCAGACCAAGGCCUCAUUCAAAAAGUUCCUGCGUGCUUGUGCUCCCAGUGCCACAUCUACUGACUCUAAUGAAUCCUUCCUUAAAGUCCUGGAGGAGAGCGAAUGGAUCCUGCAGCUGCACAAGCUCCUCCAGCUGGCACUCAUCCUAGUGGAACUGUUGGACAGCGGAUCGUCGGUGAUGCUGAGUCUGGAGGACGGCUGGGACAUCACCACACAGGUGGUGUCACUGGUGCAGCUGCUCAGCGACCCAUUCUACCGGACUUUGGAGGGCUUCCAGAUCCUGGUGGAGAAGGAAUGGCUGUCAUUUGGGCAUAAGUUCAGCCAGCGCAGUAACCUGACCCCCAGCAGCCAGGGCAGUGGCUUCACACCCAUCUUCCUGCAGUUCCUCGACUGCGUGCACCAGGUCCAUAACCAAUACCCUUUGGAAUUCGAGUUUAAUCAAUACUAUCUGAAGUUCCUGGCGUACCACUAUGUCUCCAAUCGCUUCAAGAACUUCCUCUUGGACUCGGACUACGAGCGCCUCGAGCACGGCACAUUGUUUGAGGAUAAAGGAGACAAGCAGGCCAAGAGAGGGAUUUGUAUCUGGGAGUGUAUAAACCGAAUGCACCGCAGAAGUCCCAUCUUCUUCAACUACCUGUACAGCCCUUCAGAGGCAGAGCCCGUCUUGAAGCCGUCCAUCUCCAUACCCAACCUGACCAAAUGGGAGCUCUACACGGCCGAGACGCUCUCCACCGGACCCUCGUACGAUUGGAGGAUGCUGGCUGUGUCCACAGAGAGCUCCGAGGAGCCAGACACUAUCGCCACUAGCAAGAGGAGGAUCGUCUGGCCCUGUUACAGCAGCGUAGCCCGCGCUCAGCCCGACGCCAUCACCAAACUACUGGCCGACAUCGAGAGAUUAGAGGGAGAGCUCGGUCAGGUGCCCGAGCGAUGGCAGGCCACUCUAGAGAAAGUGCGAGUCAGCGUACAGGACGACCUCAAACAAGAAGGCAACUUACGGAAACAGCCCGUAUCCGUCUCGGGCUUGAUCCCUACCUCUAACCUGCAAGUGUAUCAGCGCCACUCCAUGCUGCACCUCCCUGACAGCGGCCUGGGAGAGGACAGCAGUCCCACGGCGGCCAACGGCAUGAGCCGGCGAGCCGCAACACUCUACAAUCAGUUCACCCCCAAGAAUGAUGAGAACAGGUCAUUUGAAGGUGUCCUGUAUAAGAGAGGCGCAUUACUUAAAGCCUGGAAGCGUCGAUGGUUCGUCCUGGACAUAACAAAACAUCAGCUGAGGUAUUACGAUACAGACGAAGACGUCAGCUCCCGCGGACACAUCGACCUGGCCGAGGUGGAGUCGGUCGUGAUCGCCACGCCCACCAUCGGAGCUCCCAAAUACAUCAGCGAGAAGGCCUUCUUCGACCUGAAGACAACUAAGCGGGUGUACAACUUUUGUGCGGAGAACGCUCAGAGCGCGCAGCAGUGGAUAGAUAAGAUCCAGAGCUGCAUCUCGGACGCCUGAAGCCUCGAAACCCCGGACACUCCUCCUUCAUCACCACCGUCUCCUUCCCUGCAAGGACAGUACACUGUGCGUUAAUAGGAGCAAAGCAAAGCCCUCAGUGCCUCAGUGAGAUAUCAGAGGAACACACUCUCACUUUAUCACUACAAACACGUGCACUCAGGCUGCAGAGUCACUGCCAACACUAAUCCUCUACGGAAACGUGCCGAUUCCCGUCAGACGGGUCUGUUUUACCGCCCGGUCUCUCCUCAGCUCACGAGUCUUACAAUGCCGUCGCACUAAAAACUUCCACACGCGAGCGGAAUCGACGCAGGAACACAUUAGGAAAGGAUUCGGCCGCUCACGAUCGGAAAAGUACGACGCGUAAUAUAGAGAGACGCACAAUUAUUAUAUAACAAGGCAGUUUAUUUGCACUUACUUCUUUGAUAUGCACUCCUAAAAUAUCUAGAUUUUCUAACAGAUAAAAAGCGAGACAAAAAACAUUACUUUACGUCCAAAACGUCCGUGUUUAUACACAACACGCAUACGACUACAAAAAAAAAAUACUUUGCACACUAAAAACAUAAAUAUCCACUUUUCUAUUUAAGACGUUGAUGUUUUAGGUUAUUUUUAAUACAUGAAUGUAUCUCAGUGCAUAACAGGUCAGUUUUUGUGAUGUAAAUUAUUAUUAUUUUUUUUUUUUGUACCUUUAAAAGAGUAACUCGUUUAUGUUCAUGGAUAUUACGUCGACGUUGUUUUGUAAAUAUCCGUCUAUUUUUUUCCCCCCCAUACUGUGGUAAAAAUGCUCUGGCUUUAUAUUAUACUGACAUUUUAACUGACAUGAAGCCGCCAUACACUUGUUUUUGUUUGUUUGUUUGUUUGGUUUUUUUUUUUAAAUAUUCUUAUUCGAUAUUACUGACCCAGAAAAGUGCUUCCUGUCUGUCUCGUUUAUAAGACGCCGUGUUUGACAUGAAGAGAAGUCCACUCCAUUUCUAAGCUCCUCGUGCGCCGAAGGGCUCUGAAUCUGUGCAACACUACGCGGUUGGCUUGGGUUAUGAUUUACAUUUGACAUUUUGUACAAUUCUAAGAAACGAAACUGAAAAGAAGUCGCUCGGACUUGACGUCGCUGAGCUCUGUGUUUUGUGGUGCCACUAAUAUUUCUGUUUGCCUGUUUUGUUUUUUUUUAAAUCUGAAAUAAAUCAAGUUUACUUGAACGUCAUUCAUAACACGAUGAA